UGCAGCUCGACCUCAAAAAAACGAGAAAAGUGAGGCUUGAAGAAAUCGGAUCCAUCGUCGUACCGUGAGGCGCCGUUUUACGUGCCCUUACUGUCCGAUAGCGCAGGUCGGUUCCUUCCCACGUACACCGGAAAUUCCGCGCCGCAGAUUGCCUCGAUUCGCCGUCGUCAUUUCUCGGAGGACCAGGUGCUGUGCGGUAACCUGCUCGCACCAUUUUUGCUUCUUCCGCCGCCGCUGCCGUCAUCUUCGUGGCCGCUUUUUUUUUUUAUCUCGUGGUGUUGGUUCGUCUACGUUUUGUGCGCGAGUGUUGUCAAUGAGCCCCGGUGUGUGAAUGCCGCGCGCCUUGCAUGCCGCCUUCCUCGCACCGCGGUGUACCGUUUCCACUUCACGCUCGUAGUAGCACACGGUUGCGACGAGCUGAGGAGGACUGCGAGGGGGUCACUAAACGCCAACGAAGCAGAACAGCAUCACGACAAAGUAGUAGUCGUCUAUCGUGUGCGGGUCCUCUGCUGAGACCGCGUUGGUCCCGUGAUCAUAGCAAUUGAACCGACAGCAUCGUCAGCAUAACGAGACGGUGUUCCCAUUCUUCGGAUCCCGCCGAGGUAGCACUGUCCGCAGUGAAAGCAGCGGUGCGUGGUUACCACGAAACCACCCCACACAGAACAUCAUGGCAGGCAAUCAGCGGAGGCUAUGAAAUAAGCAAACUGCUACGGAAAGGCCAAGUGUGACUCAAAGUCGCUGCUGCUGCCUGUGCAAAAAGGGCUUACUACGAUUAGCAGCAGUACCAGGGCAGGAAAAACAACAGAAAGCGGAAUUACGCGAGACCGUGACCUACCGAGAGAGAACCCCCGUUAGCCGAGAACCCGUGUCGAUCGUCAACAACAUCAUUAUCAUAACUGCGCGGCGUCUGCGUGAAAUUGCAACGGCGAGCUGCAGUGUUACUUUUGUGUCUCGCAAGUAUCCUCCCUCGCUAGGCCCGAAGAGUUAUCACCGUGUUAAACUGUUCAGCAAACCGAUCCGUCCGUAUCAGAGGAAUCGUUAUCCGCGUCUGCCGUUGCUAAAGAGUUUGCAGCUGCAUCGCGACAUUUUCGUAGUAGGAACAGGACCCGCGCAGCUUUAGGAUGUCUCUCAGUCAAACUUCCGUGCUUAAGGUAUACCAGACGGUUAUCGACGAUGUAAUAAGCGGAGUAAGGGAUGCUUUCCUUGAUGAAGGAGUGGAUGAACAGGUGCUACAGGAGUUGAAACAAAUAUGGACUUCAAAGGUGCUGGCCAACAAAGCUGUAGAAACCGUGCCCGAUCCACAGGACCAACAAGCUCCACCGAUCGUAUCCGGUUCUAAAUCGGUUGCAAGCUCAAAGGCCAAUGGAACGAAGAAAGCGAAGGCAGCGGCAGCAGCGGCCGCUGCAUCAGCUUCUACGACCACGCUACCGGAAAAUGGCAAAUUGGUUUCGAUUGCCAGCAGUACAAGUGGACAGGUAGCUUCCACCGGCGGAGUAGGCAAACCGGUAACAGUGAAACCGGAACCCACCGGCAACGAUACGACGGUGAGCGGGAGCAGCAGUAUCGGUACUACAUCGACAGCCACCAAAGUUGGAAACAAUAGCUUGCCAACAACGAAUACCGCCGUCGCCAGUAAGAGUAAUACCGUACCCGCCGCCUCGACUACUACCACCGGUCAGCAAUCGACACCGGCCGCGCCAGCAGCCGUGGUGGCCUCACUCGACCCGAACAAGCUGGUGGCCAUCCAAAUUACACUUCCGGCGCAACCGAACGGACCGAACAAUCAGCAGCGUAUACUGACGAUACAGGUGCCAGCUUCUGCGUUGCAGGAAAACAAGCUGCAGCAGGUCCUCACUAGUACGAUUAUCGCCUCUAUCAUGCCACUUCCACCGCAAAUUGCAUCCACGGUACUGCAACAGCACGUGAACUCAUAUCUGCAGAGCAACAACUUGAACAAACUACCGAUACAAAAGCAGCUCGAUGGUGCCUGUGACGACGAUAUAAUGGAAGAAGAAUCGUCGUAUGGUUCCGCAAUUGCUACGAUGAUGGAGAAUGAGAAUUUUGAGCUUUCGAAAUCAAGCCAAACUACUGAUACUACUACUACGUUGGACAAGCAACGUGAACAGCUCGACUUGCAGCUAUUGAACGCAUUAAGUGCAAAUGUGCCCUGUUGUAGUAGCUCCAAAUUAACGGGCAAGGCAGGUCGCAAACAGCGUCGACGGCCGGUAAAGCAUGGCCGAAAGCUAGUACCGUUAUCGGAUGCAGCGGAAGCACCAUUGAGCAUCCGACUGUGCAGUCAACUGGACGGUGCGGUUGAUACGUCGGAUGAGGAAGGCAGUGAUAUCAGCGACGACAAUAUUGCCGAUGAUGAUGAAGAAGAUCUGGAUAAAGAGGAAGAGGACGAUCUGGAUGUGGAGGGUGGGGCCGAAGAGGAACCGCUAAAUAGUGAGGACGACGUUACAGAUGAGGACGCGUCGGAUUUGUUCGAAACCGAUAAUGUUGUUGUGUGUCAGUACGAUAAGAUUACUCGAUCUCGAAACAAGUGGAAAUUUUAUCUUAAAGAUGGCAUAAUGCAUGUCAAUGGAAAGGAUUUCGUGUUCCAGAAAUCGAACGGAGAUGCCGAGUGGUAAGCGGCAAGCGGCAAGCGGCGUUUAUGUUGAUGUUAAAGUCGGUUAUGGCACGUGCUGACGAGAUACAACCGAUCAAUAACAAGACGGCAGUUAUCAAAUGCCAUCAGGGGUGUCUGGACGUUUAUCUAUCUAAUCUGUAACCAUCGAAACGAAACGAAACGAAGCAAUUCCCUUCCCCAUUUGCUGUUACAUUAAUACUAAAUGAGAGUAGAGGAAGGAAUACACCACGUACAGACGUACUUUAACAAACCGCCUUUUUCCUAAUGCAACCACCCAAUCAGGAAAAUCCACCUCUACGUGGAUCAUUUGCAUUAGCUACUGAACCAAAAACGAUAUUGAACACCAUAUGCUUACAAUAGAGUCCACUGCUCUGCUCUACGUAGAGUAUAACUUAUCACACGUAUGGGUUAACAAUGACACAAUUCCAAAAGCACCGGAAUACGAUGUGAAAUAUCGUCACGAGAUAUCGGCGAGUUGAUUCGCUAAGCCUUAAAAUAAUGACACGAUACUGAUAGCAGCAGGGUCACCGCUCCACCGAUGAUGCGUUUUUCUCGAGUAUGAUCUACGAGUAGUCUACCACGUGCUGUCAUGGAUACUAUAUGCAAUCGUAGAACCCAUUCAGUCACUAACUAUCACUCCCGAGUGUAAUACAAAUUCUACAUAAAUCCACCCCAAAGUGUCCUAAGCAGAUAGUGGGGUAGAGCGAAAGAGAAAUAGUUCUGUUUGUCGUAAAGAUCAGUUGAUUGCAAUUUAGGACCAUUUAGCUUUCAGUCUUUUAAACUCGCAGCAGGACAUGCUGCUUGGCACAGUUUGAGAAUGCUGAUGAAUUGAAAAGAAUAGAUAAGUUUUGUUUCUCCAAAGUGAUGCUUCGAUUUCGAGUAAGUUUGCAGAAUCAAGAAGGGCAGUGGCGCAUGUACAGCAUCACUAGCUCAAGGGCAAAUAGUUGUCUGAAUUUUAGUUUUGGUCGUUUUCCAGUUAAAUUCUUUACCAAACUGCUGAAUGAUUGUAACAAUCAACGAACAGGGGAUAUAGGAACGAUCGAAACAAAACACCGCAUCACCGCCAGCAGGAUGAAGAAUCUUUUGUCAUUAUUUCGAACCAAUGCCAUGUGCAAGGAAUAAACAAAUUAAGUUGUAAGUCGCCAAAAGGGCGAGGUAAAACAAUAAAAUUAAGUUCCCUCAAAAUAUCAGUA